AAAAAAGCUAGACUUGAUAGACUGCUCCUCCUCCUCGCGCUGCUGAGGCAAAGCGGAGAGGGCAUGCAACAGGACGCGGCCAAGCGCAGGUUGGGGGCGGUGCUUGAGGCUGUCUGGGUGGAGCCACGUUGCGUCGGGCAGCAGGGCUGUUUCUCCACCCACACGGGGCUGUGGGGAGCGGGGUGUCGGGCGCCAGUUGUGCUAAAGGUGCAAGCGGAGUGAGCCGGCUGCAUUAGACCCACGAGGAGCACCAUGUCUCAGUUUCCUCCGCCCUGACCGCGCCUCCGCCUCCUGCACAUCCUGCUCUCGAGGCCACGUGACUGUGUAACAUGCAAGCCAUUGAUCCCAAGGGGAGCUCUCCUGUCUUCCUUCAACCUCAAAAUGGAAGUAGCCAUAAAUCUUCUGGAUAUGUGCCAGGAAGAAUUGUCCCAUUCCGCCCUCCACCCCCUCCAAAGAAUCAAGUUUCAGCCACUCAUGCAACAGUAUCCUCCUCAACAGAUAAGCAGCGCUCUCAAGCAGAAGCAAGCAGAAAGACAAGACACAAAAAUACAUUGAUUUGUUUUGCCAUGUCUAGCUUUUCAUUUUUUAUUGCACUUGGGAUUAUUAUGGGCAUAGCAUCAAAAUAUGCUCCUGAUGAGAACUGUCCAGAUCAGAACCCUCGCCUUAAGAACUGGAAUCCUGGUCAUGACACAGAAAAGAAAAUUUUACUGAAACAGGGAGACUUGUUUCGUCUUAACAUGGAUGCUACAGUACACUCUAUAGUUAUACAGAGCGGAGGAUUACUUGUCUUUGGUGAUGAUGAAAAAGGAUCCAGAAAUAUCACACUGCGAACACGUUUUAUCCUGAUAAAGGAUGGUGGAGCGCUUCAUAUUGGAGCAGAGAAAUGUCGUUAUAAAUCCAAAGCAACUAUCAUUUUGUAUGGCAAAUCUGAUGAGAGUGAUUAUGUGCCAACAUUUGGCAAAAAGUUUGUGGGUGUGGGCCCUGGUGCAACACUGGAAUUUCAUGGAACUCACAAGUUGUCAUGGACUUCCCUGUCAAAGACUCUGCAUUCUUCAGGGCUUGCCUCUGGCUCAUACACAUUUGAAAAGGAGUUUUCCCGAGGCCUGAAUGUGAGAAUUAUCGACCAAGACACUGCACAAGUUUUGGUGGCAGAAAAGUUUGAUACUCAUGAUUAUCAAAAUGACAGCAGAAGACUUCAGGAUUUUCUAAAAAGCCAAGAUGUUGGUCGCAUUGUUGCUAUUGCUGUGGGAGAUUCAGCUGCUAAAAGCCUACUGGAGGAAACCAAAACAACUAUACAGAAUCUUUUAGGAAGUACACUCAUCAAGGGAUUGAGUUAUAGGCAGGCCUGGGCUUUAGUUGGUGUCAUUGGUGAAGGAGAUUCGGCUUGUAAUGAAUCUGUGAGAGACUACGAAAACCACAGCACAGGAGGAAAAGCCCUUGCACAAAGGGAAUUCUUCACAGUGGAUGGUCAGAAGUUUGCUGUGAGAGCAUUCAGUGAAUGGAUUGAAGGUGUUCCAAAGUCGGGUUUCCAAGUUGAAGCAGUAGGUGGAGUGAUAUUGGAUCUGCUAGAAGAUGUCAGUUCCUGGAAACCCAAUGACCAGAUUGUUAUUGCAAGCACUGAUUAUUCUAUGUACCAGGCAGAAGAAUUCACGCUCCUCCCUUGCCCAGAAUGUAACAAAUAUCAAGUCAAAAUUAAAGAGACUCCUCAGUUCCUUCAUAUAGGAAAUAUUAUUGAUGGAGUAGACAUGAGGGCAGAGGUUGGAGUUCUCACCAGGAACAUCUUAAUUAAGGGAGAGACAGAAGAUGCCUGCUACACUGGCCGAGAGUGCAAGUUCUUCAGUUAUGAUACUUUUGGUGGACACGUUAAGAUUGUGAAGAAUUUCACGUCUGUUCAUCUCUCCUAUGUGGAAUUCAAACAAAUGGGUCAACAGCUGCUUGGAGCUUACCCUGUUCACUUUCAUCGCUGUGGAGAUGUGGAUGAGAAAGGAGGGUACAGUUACAAGACUUAUGUAGAAGGCCUCUCAAUUCAUCAUUGUUUUUCUAGAUGUGUAACCAUUCAUGCAACAAAUGGCUUGUUGGUAAAAGACACCAUUGGUUAUGACACACUAGGCCAUUGUUUUUUCCUGGAGGAUGGUAUUGAGCAGAGGAAUACGCUGUUCCAUAAUCUAGGGCUAGUCACCAAACCAGGGACACUUCUUCCUACAGACAGGAAUAUCACAGUGUGCCCAGUCAUGAGGGAUCGAGUAUUUGGAAACUAUGUGCCAGUCCCAGCCACUGACUGCAUGGCUGUUUCAACAUUUUGGAUUGCUCAUCCCAAUAAUCAUCUUAUAAAUAAUGUAGCUGCAGGCUCACAGGAUGCUGGAAUAUGGUAUGUAUUUCAUAAGGUGUCUACAGGAGAAUCAUAUGGAUUAUUUUCUGAAACCAAAGCUGAACUCAGCCCACUUGGAAUUUUCUAUAACAACAAGGUUCAUUCCAACUUUAAGGCUGGAUUAUUCAUUGAUAAAGGUGUCAAAACCACCAAUGCAAGUUCUGAAGAUCCAAGGGAGUAUCUGUGUUUGGACAAUAGUCCAAGAUUUCGACCUCACCAAGAUGCAGAUCCUGAAAAGCCCCGGGUUGCUGCUUUGAUAGAUCGACUAAUUGCUUAUAAAAAUAAUGAUCAUGGGGCUUGGAUCAGAGGAGGAGACAUCAUCAUUCAGAACUCUGGGUUUGCUGAUAAUGGAAUAGGUUUAACCUUUGCCAGUGAUGGAAGCUUCCCAAGUGAUGAAGGCUCCAGCCAGAAAGUUUCAGAAUCCCUAUUUGUUGGUGAAAGCAAGAAUUAUGGCUUUGCAGGUGGCCAAAACAAAUACUGGGGAAUUGGAGGAGCAUACAGUAAAUCUCGCACUCUGCCUAGAAACCGGACUUUUCCAAUCAGAGGAUUUCAGAUUUAUGAUGGACCUAUUCAUCUUAGUAAAUGUACAUUCAAUAAUUUUGUGCCAACUCCAGAUAGAUUCACGAGUGCAAUUGGAUUCCUACUGAAAAACACUUGGCAAGUGGCACCAAAAAACAAUAUUUCCCUUGUGAAAUUUGGUGAAAAUGUUUCUCUGAAAGUAUUUUUUGGUAAACCGGGGUUGGGUCCUUGGUUUGAGGAGUGUGAUCUUGAUGGUGACAAGAACUCGAUAUUCCAUGAUGUAGAUGGAUCUGUGACUGAAUACAAGGACACCUAUGUUGGCAGAAUGGAUAACUACUUGAUAAGACAUCCAGACUGUAUCAAUAUUACCAGAUGGAAUGGUGUGGUCUGCAGUGGGACCUAUGCUCAGGUGUAUAUCCAGGCAUGGAAUCCACAGAAUUUGAACAUUACUAUGGUGCGGGAUGAAUAUCCUUCCCAGCCUAUGAUUCUACGGGGUAUUAAUCAGAGAGCUGCUUUCCAGCAAUACCAGCCAGUUGUGAUGCUCGGAAAAGGCUAUACAAUACAUUGGAAUGGACAAGCCCCACAAACAACAUACCUUUACCUCAUUAACUUCAACAAAAAUGACUGGAUUCAGGUGGGCCUCUGUUACCCACCCGACACCUCUUUUCAAGUAACCUUUGAUGUAUUCCAAAGACAAGCAUCUGCUUACACUAGUGUGGAAGACUAUGUCUCUGUAUCUUCACUGGCAGAAUUGCAGAAGAGGCAAACAGAGAGGAUGUUUUAUUUUGAUGACAGCACUGGGCUGCUGUUUCUGUUUCUUCAAGCCAAAUAUCACAGGGAUGGCCACAGUUAUUGUUCAUCUCAGGGGUGUGAAAGAAUCAAGAUUCAGGCCAACUUUAAGACAAAGCCCAUCAGUAACUGCCUGAAGAAAGCCUAUCCAAAAUACUCCCAGAAGCCAACUGUUGUGAUGAGAAUGCCCACAAAAAAUAAAGGCUUCUGUAAAGAAUGUGGUGCAACUAAGAUGCCAUUUACCAGUGAUCCUCAUAAAACCUACUUCCUUGUGCAAAUUCAUUCUCCAAGUACAGAAGAAUUGCUAAGGAAUGAAGAAGCUUCUAUUGUGGUCAAUGGUAUUAAGUUUCCAUUCAGAGGUGUGGGCGUACUCACCGUAGUCAUUGAUGCCUGUUAUUACUCUGCUAGCAGAGAAACAAAAGCAAAAGAGAAAUUUUUUCCUGAAGUGAACAUCAAGCAGCUAGAAGAAUAUGUAAGAACUGUAAUUCCCCAAAGGUCAAUAGUUAUAUUAAGCAGCAGAGGGAAUAUAAAAAAUCUUAACAUUUCUCAAGCUUUAAUGACCCUUGGAGCAGCAAAACCAGCAUCUCUUCAGAAGAUGGGGAGCACAAGCUUUCUGGGGUUCAAAGGAAACUUUAAACCAUCUUGGAUAAAGCUCUUUACCAGUCCUGCAGGGCAGGGCCUAGGCCAGAUUGAAAAGUAUAUCCCUCUCCAACAGGAGGAGUAUGGUUGUACUGGAGUGAACUCCAUCCAACGGAAAGAUUUGGAACUUUUAAAAAAGGCUAUUAAAAGCAAUAGAAAUUAUGGUGCAUAUGAGCACUGAAGACAAUGUGAACUAACUUAUUUAUUUUAUGGGAUUUUAAAAUGUACUAUUAUUCCAAGUACAUCACUUUGCUGUGUUGAUAUGGACAUAUGCCUACAUUGAAUGCUUGAAUGCCAAUUUGCGCACCUUUGGAUUGUACAAAAUAUUAAAGAAUUAAAGUAUUUGUUAAAAAACACAUGUUUGGCAGAAUAGAAAUGUCUGAUGUUUGUACAUACAAUAAAAAGUAAUUUUAUAUGUUUGUGUUCUCAAGCAGAGCAGAUGCUGGAAAUAGCCACCAUCUUGCAAGAUUUUAUGAAGAAAAUAUAGGAUUACUAGAAUCCCCAAAGGAUGUGUCAGAUUUGCCAAAUCUCCCUGGCAGCAGCUGCACAUGGAACCUGCAUAAACUCAGACUCUUGUCAUCAGAAACACCCAGUUCCACCAAGAGUCUAGCAUGAUUCUCCACUGAUGCAAGUGCUAUUACAGUUGGUGCAGGCUCUUAUUCACAAUGACAACGAAACCUUAUUCCCUCAGAUAUUUAGUGGAAACCUGACAUACCUCCUGGCUUGCUGUAAGGCUGAGAUCAAAACCAGGACAUUGUCCUAAAAAAACUGCCACCCUAUGAAUCCUUGUGUACAUACCCUAGUGGCAGAGGGCAGGCCCAUGGGCAGAGCUUCAUCCUGGAAAUAGCUCUGAUCACAAGAAACCCAUGAGGGGGUCUGCAAUCAAUCUGUGUAAGCUAAGCAGCCUAUCUACUGGAUUGCUGCUAUGAUGGAUCAAAGUAUCUUAAUGCAGAACUGACUUUUCAUAAUAAAUCUGUUAAACCCUUUA